CUUCUUUUGCCAAGGUCGAGGAUCUCCAGAUCUAGCUGACUUCGGAUCUUAAAAGCCUCUAUGACCAGAUUGGGCGGCGCUUUGGCUCGUGCGCGUGCAUAUGAUGUGGAGGGCCGCAGUUCGCGAGGCAGUCUUCUUGAAAAUGUCCCGCCGCACCUUCGCCGCGGCGGGGCGAGUGGCCGCGCUGACGCCGAAGACCGCGCAGUGCAAGAUCGCGCCGCUGCUCGCGACCAGCGACCUCCUUCGCAGGUGUUCUGAAUAGCUUGCCAGCAAUCCGCCGACGUGGUCGGCCUUUGACGCGCGUGCUGUCGUGAAACGCCUCGGCCUCUGGUUGGGCCCCGCCGCCGAAGUCCACUUCUGGAGGGCUCCUGUCGCCACGGCGCGGCAGGAUGGCGGCUCGAACCUCUCCGCUCGGCCGCCGCGCGCCCAGAUGCCGGGUGCGAAGGACGCCCGCACGGCGAACGCGCUGGAGGCCUCCAGGGGGGCCGUCCUGGCGGUCCACGCCGCUGCCGGGCUCGCCACCGCGGGAGGGUUGCGCUCCGCGGCGCGGCUCCUGCGGGCGGCGGAGGGGCUCCUCCGCACGGCGGUCGCCGAGCUCGGCACGCCGCCCGCCUCCCCCGCCGUCGACCACGGGGGCCCCCCGAAGGUGCCGCGGCGCCGACGCCCGCGCGGCCGCGGAGGUCUGAAGGAGGCGGACGAGCAGUACGAGAAGAUGGACGUCGUGGAGGAGAAGUCCCAGGAGGAGGAGGUGGCCAUCGUCGCGGAGAUGGAUGGCGGUGCGGCUGCAGGGGCGGCGGCGGCGCAGGGGGCCGUCGACGUCGCCAUGGAGUUGCCGCCCGACGACUGGGCGGAUGCCUUGCCUAUCGUGCAUGGGCGUCCUCGCCGCGCGGGCGGCUCUGGCUCUGGCAAAGGCAGGGACAACGGCGAGGUCUCGGGCGGCGCGGGCAAGGACAAGAGCGAUGCGCGUGUUCAGCUCGCGCAGCGCGCCGCCGACCUCUCGAGUCGCCUGGGCCACCGCAUCGCGAACCACGCGCCACUCAGUGACGCCGAGCUGCACUCCUUGGUCGGGCUCUUGGAGCGGGAGCUUGCUGCGCGUGGCGGCGGGCUUGCUGAGGGAGGCCGUGGUCCUCCUCCUCGCGGCUGGCGUCGGAGUUGACGUCGUCGCGGUGGCGUUUGCGGCAUGCGGUGCUGGAAGCCCGCGGGCGCCUGUGUGGUGCGAGCUGUGCCCCCCUCGUUGCUGCUCGCCGUCUCGGAGGUCCUGUGUUCGCGUUGCUCGUGGUGCUGUUGCUCGCGGAGCUCGUGGCGCUCGGGGUCUGACUCAGAGGGUGAAGAGUUGAUGUCAAAAAAAGUGCUGCUUCAGUGCAAAGUGCGUGCACGUCGAGUUGCUUCCGCGUUGGGCUGCGCGGCCCAGCUCUCGCCCCCCCCGCAGGGGCCGGCAGUGUCAAGCGCAAUCCUUGCGGGCCCCUCACUGUGUCACCCCGAGGGCCGGCUGGCUCGAGCUCGCCUUCUUGGGGCGGCAUCAGAGGCGGCACCGCCGAUGCCGCUCUCAUGCGUGCUGCGCGGCGCCACCUCGCGCCGUUGGUGCGACUUGCUCCGCGUCCCCGCGGCCGUCGCUGAUGCGGAGCUCUCCCGACUGCUUUUUCGCCUCGGCGCCUCGCCGCUGUCGCCAGCCCUCUGGCUUCUCCCCUGCUCCGUGGAGAUUCCUGCUGCUGCCGACGACGCCUUCCCCCCCCCUCUCUGCCGCGCCCUCGUCGCGCGCCGGCCCUUUUCCUCACCGGCGGGCGCGUCGCCUGGGCUUCUCGCUCAGCCAUUUCCUUCGCUCGCAGAUGCCGCUGCCGCAGCUGAGCCUAAUUCUAGGAUCAAAAUAUAGCGUCAUUGAAUACCCAGCUGAAUCAACAUCUCUUCCUGCCCGGUCUCCGCGAAAACGUCUCCAUUCGGUUGUCCCAAUGGGCCCCUCGCAUCAGCUAUGGAGACGCCCUCUUUCGUCCCUGGGACCUC